ACGGACAGGGCGGACCGUGAGACAGGGCGGACCGUACCAGGGCGGACCGUGACUCGAGACUAGGCGGACCAUAUUUUGGGACAGGGCGGACCGUCACUCGAGACGAGGCGGACCGUGAUUUAAAAAAGUAUUUAUAUGUGGAUUUAUGUAAUAAAAGUAUUAAAUUAUUGAUGUUUUUGUUCUUCGUAUUAAUAUUUUUAUAUUUUUUUUAUAAAAGUAAAAAUAUAAAAUUAGUUUUAAAAGUUCAUGUGUAAUUGUAUAUUAAUUUGCUGAUUGGACGAUGUAAUUAAGACAAAACACGAAACACUUAUGAUAUAAACUAGAUUACAGUAGUAUUAUAAAAAUAAGUAUGAUGAUUAAGUAUCAAUUAAAAUAUAAUUGUGUUUUGUUUUUAUCAGCUGUGAUUAAAACAGAAAAUGUUUGGCAUAAGAAAAAACUGUUAAAAAGUUAACAUCGUUCACCGAAUGGCAUUAAUCAACAGGCCGUUAAUCAACAGUAGGUGAUAAUUGCUUUUGACUAAAUUAAUUUGUUUGCAUUUUAUAUUAAAUUUGAUUGAAAACACAAGUAUAUAAGCUAGCCAAAAACUUCAGGAAAUCACAAAUCACUUGUAACCUUUACUGCGUAACAAUGCCAAAAAAUCCUUGUGUACACUGUGACAGAGGUGUGUAUUCCAACCACCGAGCCGUUGAGUGUGAUUCUUGUCAUAGAUGGCAGCAUUUACUGUGUGGAAAUACAGGUAUUAGUGUAAAGGACUACAGAAAAGCCGUCCACGAUGGUAGUGACUUGCCAUUUACGUGUAUUCAAUGCUCGCCAGAUGUUGAUGAACAUAUCAGAACUCCAGAUAAAUCCACCAACAAUGCUGAAAGAAAUGAACAAUUAAGUGUAUCCUUAGAAAUCCCGGUAGUGAACAACACAUCUUCAGAUAUUUAUGACAUCGAAUAUUCCAGAAGUGAAACAAUGGACUAUAGUUCUGACUCCGAUUAUGACGUGACCAGAAACAUACGGGACAUGGCUAUGGAUCCACCAGAAACAACAUUUACAGACGCCGAGACGGUUCAAGAGGUUCCAGUGAAUUCGCCGAUCGAGUACGAAAUCGUCAACAAUGGUUCCCUUGGUGGGAAACCGAAGCUAGUGUCAUCAGAGGGGUAUUCAUUUGUGAAGAAACGGACAUUUUCGAAUGGUACAAUCGACUGGAGAUGUAGUGUUCGCCACAAAGGAAGCGGUUGUCUAGCCACAAUUAAAGAACUCAACGGUGUAUAUCGUAUAACGGGACAGCCACAUAACCACGCCUCAAAGCCCGGUCUGAACACUGCGGUUCAAUUCAAAAGUGAACUGAAAGAAGUCUCCAAGACAAAACUAUUUGAGUCAGCAUCCAAUAUAGUGUCAGACAUCUCUAGAAAGCAUCAGACAGCCGAUCAACCUCCGUUUUCAAGACCAAGUCAGACGAGUCUUUUGAAACUAUGUAACAGGGCCAGACAAAAACUGAGACCAGAAGAACCAGUAACAACAGAUUUUGAAGUAGAUGAGCAGUUCUUGGAGAAUUUGGGUGAACGAUUUCAUUGUGUGAGAAUACCAGCAAGAGAAUGAAGAUAUGUCAUUUACGCUACAGACUGUCAAUUGGACCUUCUUCAACAAGCCAAGACAUGGUAUAUAGAUGGAACAUUCAAGGUCGUCCGCAAGCCGUUUUAGCAACUGUUUUCAAUUCAAGCAUUCUUAAAGUCUGGGGAAAAUGUCAAAAAAGUCGGCAAGAAGAGACGAGAUUAUAAGAAGGUAAUAUUAUUACGUUUUCUUUUUGCAUUUCU